UGGAAAGGUAAUAUAAGUUUGAAGCUUGAUUUCAUCAUUAUUGAAAUCUGUCUUUAAUUAUGGCGAUUUCAGAGAACAUUUGGUUGUUUUUCAUUUUAACAGGAUCUUUUGUUGUUUUUCUGGGCCAUGCCCAACAACCAGGGUUAGUAGGAGAUGAUGAAACCAGUGAAUUAGUUGACAGCAAAGAAGAUAUUGAUAGUAAAGAAAAAGAUAUUAGCAAAGAAAAAGAUGAUAGCAUAGAGAGAGAAAGAAGUGAAGAAAAAGAUGAUAGCAAAAGGAAAGAUGAUAGUGAUGAGAAAGAUUAUAGUAAAGAGAAUGAUGAUAGUAAACAAAGGGAUGGCAGUGAAGAGGAUUAUAGUAAAGAAAAUGAUGACAGUGAAGAGGAAGACGGCAAAGAGAAAGAUGACAGUGAAGAGAAUGAUAGUAAAGAGCAGGAUGAUGGUAAAGAGAAAGAUGAUAGCAAAGAGAAAAAGGAAUGCAGGAUUGAUGUUUCUGAACCUGAGCCACCUCUUAGAGUGACUAUCAUAGGAAGAGGGAGAGUAAAGGAGAAUAUUGCAAUUGCAUAUUCCUGUGAUGAAGGUUUUCUCUUAGUUGGACCAAAGCAAAAGCUUUGCAGAAAAGGAAAAUGGCGUCCUCGAGGCAAACCAAAAUGUAAAAAAAUUCCACUGUCCAAAGCAUUUGAAGUUGCCAGGGGUUGCAAUGUGAAGAAAGGGUAUAUGGCUGACCCAUGCGACUGCCAGGGGUUCUUCAGGUGUCUCCCAGAUGGUAUCAUCACCUAUAAUAUGUGUCCUGGAGGUACAGUUUGGUGGGAUGACAUAAAUAUAUGCUCUCUUCCAUACCAGAAAUUUUGUGUGAAGAGAAAUGCAUCUCACCCAGAUGAAGACUGUAGAACUCCGAUCAACUAACAUGUACAAUGUAUUUGCAUACACUAUUGGAAUAAACUGCUUGUAAACAGAA